AUUUAGUUAAUGAUUAACACACAUACACACACAAUUUAUAAUUGCUAUAACGUGAUAAUUUAUUCAACAAGUUUGCAUGAAUUUAAAUUCCUUCGAUGUUGUUAGUUAAACAGUAUUGUUUUAUCAAAUCAAUCAAUUUUUAAUAUAUUUUAAGAAAACGCGCGCGCGUACUUUGUAUACGUGUGUGUGUGAUUAAAUAACACAUGUAUUUCUUAUCUGACUAGAGUACAUAAACACCGACUAUUGUCGUUUAUCGCUCAUGUGUUAAAUAACGUCCUUGAUAACGGUAAUACGCGGGAUUUAAUGCUACACGUCGCAUCGUCGCGUUUUUUCCAACUUUGAUUUUCUGUCACGACUUCUACCAUUUUACGGUGUGAUUGUUGUUGCAAUGUUACGUCCAUCAAAUCGUGACGUUUCAGGAAAAGAGAUUCUACGACUUUUGACGCUGUGCGGUUGCGCGAUCGUUCUCGGACAAUCACGGUCUGUUUCAAGUAUCAACGACAAUAGUACCGUCAAUGAUGAAAUCAAAAAGGAUCCGUUUACUUUGGAAGACAUUUAUCGUCGCGCCUUUUACGCUUACGGCUUCAACGGCACGUGGAUCUCGGAUCACGAAAUUAUGGUCGCGAGUUUUCUCACAAGCAGUGUCACUGUUUAUAAUGUAAAAACGGGAAAGACCACAUUGUUGUUUGACGGAACAGGUUUGCCAGGUUUUAUGUUAUCCACAGUAUUCUUCUCGGCCGACAAACGAUAUAUUUGCUUCGGUUUAGAUAGUAAACAAGUAUUCAGACACUCGACUCUCGCACGUUACACAGUGUAUGACACGAAGAGCCGCGUUUUUACAAAAAUCGCGAAAUCAGCGCCUAUUUCGCUGGCGCUGUGGUCUCCGACCGGUAACGACUUGGUUUACGUUCAUAACCGUGAUAUUUAUCACAUAAAGUUUAAUGACGAUCAGAAUGUGCUGCGAAGAGUGACGACGAGCGGCGAAUCCAAAGACAUUUACAAUGGAAUUCCGGACUGGGUGUACGAAGAGGAAGUACUCUCGUCCGCGACCGCGAUGUGGUAUUCGCCGGAUGGACGACAUCUAGCUUUUGCGACCUUCAACGAUACCGUGGUAAAGGACAUAACUUACUUCCAUUAUGGCGAGCCUGGUUCUCUUAACGACCAGUAUCCCACGUCGGUGAAGAUCAAGUAUCCCAAGGUGGGCACAUCGAAUCCAAUAGCAACCGUAUCGAUAAUCGAUUUAACCGAUCCGUCGUCAAAACCAAUUGUUUUGGCCGCUCCCGUUGACGCGAUUGGCAGUGACAAUGUUUUAUUUACCGUGAACUGGUGGAACGCGACGCGUGUACUCGUGACGUGGGCGAACCGCGUGCAGACUAAAUCCCAGUUGAUCAUGUACGAUACGCAGGGUGCUGGUAAUCCGAUCUUGAAGGACGAAGAAACGGAGGGCUGGUUACAACCGAAUCGUCCUGUAAUAGCCGGAGGCGGUUACGCGUUGCUAUUACGGCGCGUGGAUUCCGGCUCCAGCGCCGGUAGAUUCCGACAUAUAAUCAGAUACGAAUAUAAUAACAACGAGUUCGUUUCGCCGGUGGAUCUGACGCCCGAUCCCUCCGAGGUGCACAUCGUAGUGGCCGUCGAUUCGUUGAGAAACAGAGUUUACUAUCUCGCCACGGCACCGGGCAAACCGGGCCAGAGAAAUUUGUAUUCCGUGCCUCUGGACGCGAGCCAGAAGCCGACUUGCAUAUCCUGCGAGAUGCUUACGCCGGAAGGAAAUAAAUGCACCUACGCAAGCGCAGUUUUUUCAAAGUUCCGAUCGUAUUACACUCUUUCGUGUUUCGGACCGGAUCCAACGACGGUGACAAUUUACGAUUCAAAUCAUCAGUCAAUCUUGACUUGGAGAAAUAACGCGGCAUUAAGAAAAUCGUUGUCGGGACGAUUGAUGCCGCAACAAAGAGACUUCAACGUCACCGUGAACGGUUAUGAUUGCACGGUCAGAUUAAUGCUGCCCCACGAUUUCGACGAAAGUAAAUCAUAUCCCAUGUUAUUGUAUGUUUACGCCGGUCCAAACACGGUGAGAAUCACUGAAGCCGUCAGAUACGAUCUAGAAUAUUAUAUGACAACCAACAAACGCGUGAUCUACGCGUGGAUCGAUGGACGUGGAUCUGCCUUUAAAGGCAGCAAGAUGCUCUUUGAAAUUUAUAGAAAGAUGGGAACCGUGGAAAUUGAAGACACGAUUGCCGUUACCGCAGCUCUGCAGAAACAGUACAAGUGGAUUGACGCAAAUAGAACGGGCAUAUGGGGAUGGAGUUACGGUGGUUUUACUACUGCCAUGACGCUCGCGACUGAUGCAGCUUCCGUGUUUAAGUGCGGUAUAUCUGUGGCGCCCGUAACUUCCUGGAUCUAUUACGACUCCAUUUACACGGAACGAUUCAUGGGGCUGCCGACUUACGAGGACAAUCUUGCUGGUUACGACCGCACGGACAUCUCGCGACGGGCGGGUGGGAUACGUGGCAAAAAGUUCAUGCUGAUACACGGCACCGCGGACGACAACGUGCACUACCAGCAAGCUAUGGCGCUUGCCAAGUCGCUCGAGUAUGAUGACAUCCUGUUCGAACAGGUCACAUACACGGACGAGACGCACGAUCUCAGACACGUAUACGCUCACCUGUAUCACACAAUGGACAAAUUUUGGGGCGAAUGCUUCGCCUUAGACCGUUGACUCGAAUUCUUUAUAGCGAAAGAGAAUAUUGUUUUUUUGCGACAAAUUUUCGGUCGCAUUAAGCAUUCGAUUUUUUCGACACGAGGAAAAUACGCGGGAAAUAAAAAUGAUCGGGAAAUUAACGCGGAAUUUAUUCGAGCAAUUUUGCAAUAACAAAAAUGGUAUACAAAUGAAAUUGGUUUUUGAAAAUUUCACCUCAAUAUAAUUGGAUACAGACGUGUGUGUUUAAAAUAAUAUAUUUUUAAGCUAAUCUCACGCCCGGUGCGCGCCCGUUAAUCCCGCUAAUGAAUUUCCACCAAAGACAUUUCUCCAAAUUCGAAUAAUAUGCGGAAGUUUCUGUUGAUUUAGUGUUACAAUACAUUACAAACUGCAAUUAAUUUAGUGACUCUUAUCGACUCGCUGUCAUUAAUAAAGUAAUAAUCCACGAAAUUUGUAUCCUGCGAAGUUAUAAUCCAAAUGGAAUAUAAGCUUCGUUCGUGCCAUAAAUCCAAUAUAUAUUUCACGCGAGUUUGUCAGUGUGACAGAUAGAAAACACACAAAAUAUAUGACUAAAAUA